UGGGGCCCCCGGGCAAUAGGGGAUCAUGGGGCCCCUGUGUCCUUGCCCAAACUCAGAAAAGCCUAUUAAAAAGGUACCAGGGGCAUCUCAUGGGGCCCACUACUGACCCCAGUCCCUCGGGCAGACAAACAUCCUGCACUGAUUAGAUAACUAGGUGAUGUUGACACCAGCAGGGGCGGACUGACAACUCAUGGGGCCCCAGGCAAUAGGGGAUCAUGGGUCCCCUGUGUCCUUGCCCAAACUCAAAAAAACCUAUGAAAAAGGUACCAGGGGCAUCUCAUGGGGCCCCCUACUGACCCUGGGCCCUCGGGCAGUGCCCGAGUUUCCAAAUGGUCAGUCCACCCCUGGACACCAGACUAAUCCCAUG